AUAGAACUUAAAAUCAAAAAGGAUCCCAUGUCCCAAUCUAAAACAGCAAAUAAUCCCCAAUUCCCAUUUCCCAUUUUCCAAGCCCUUACGUCUCUGGUCUCUUUGCUUAAAUUCGAAACACAACCUUGCUCCAUAAAUCUUCCGGAUUGCUGAAAUUUCACCCACUCCGUUAUCAAUCAAGGUAAAGACGGUUAUAUAACCUCCCAUUUGUAUCUCUGUUUCAAAUCUCUUGGUGCCACUUUCCUAUUUCCCACUGUUGUAUCAAGCUCUGCAAUUGUUCUUGAUCGUCUUCGCUUUCUUGCCAAGGUUCAUAGAAGUAUAUUUCCUCAAGGCUAGGGGUUAUGGAGGCCAAACAAUCUUAUCUCUGAACCUCAUAGUUCCUAAAGGACAUACGAACUUGAAAGCAGAAUGACAAAUCAAAGAAAUUUGUAUUAUGCUUAUUGCAUAAAUCUGUCCAUGUCUAUGAGGAGAAUGAGGAAUGAAGGAGAAAAAAGGGGAUGGAUCCAUGAAAUUGACAGAAUUUUGAGUGUUAGUUCAAACUAGAAAAAAAAUUAAAUACCACUAUCAUAGUGGUUUAUUCCAUUAAUCAAAAGAAUAGUUUACAAGAUAGAUAGGAAAAAAGCCAACAAACAGAAAACACCAACUGAUCAAAGGAUCAGCAGGAAAAAAAAAAAAACAGGAAAAAACAGUCAACUUGCUCAAAUGAACAAGUUAACAGAAACAGCAACAAACAGAAAAAGAAAGCAGCAGUAGACUUAAUGCAAGCAGUGUUGAUGCCUUGGAUUGAUGCCACAUUUGAAACACCUCAAAGCUCUCACCAGGUGCAAUGGAAUCAAAUCCAAAUGAAUCUUCUUCAGGCUAUCAAAACUGGACUGCACUCUUCCAACUUCAGCUUUUACUCCUUGGAAAGCAGUUUCAUUCUACAAGAACUUAAACCAUUAUAUGAGCAAUCUGCACCACAAGCAACCUAAUGGAAUGAACAUCAAAGAUGUUAAUACCGCCAUUAAGAUCAGGACUAGUAUCUGAACAUAGUACCUCUUUAGGUUGGUGCUCUCCUUCUGUAAGUGCAGCUUGAGAAGGGCAAUGAGAAGGUACAGUUCAAUUCAAUUCUUUUCAAGAAUCUGUCCACCUCCUGUAAGUGCAAUGAGUUUAAGGGCAUAGCACCUCUUUAGUAUCUGAACAUAGCACCUCUUUAGGCUGGUGCUCUCCUUCUGUAAGUGCAGCUUGAGAAGGGCAAUGAGAAGGUUGAUAGCAGCUAUGGCAGGAGUUGUUAAUAAGUUCUUUGUCACAUCUAUGAUUAUGUGGGCAGCUCCUAUUGCAAUUUUGUACGCCUUUAACCACGACUUAAUUCCUGGUAUGACCGAUAUGUCUCCCCAUUCAAUGACAUUAGUGAGUGGAUUCGUUGCUGUCAUAUCGGUGAAUGUGGUUAUUGCAUUUUAUAUUUGUCUGGCAAUGAGAGAACCCUCUGAUAAACAUGAGCCUGAUCCUAAAUUCCUGGCAGAGGCCAAAGCCAGCGUAAAGCAGUUAGGGCAAAAUCAAGAUGGGGACUCGUCGAACACCCGAACAAAAAAAGACUGAAUGAGGAUAAAAUUAGGACAUUAAUGUUCUCGAAGGCAUUGGACACCAAAUGUCACAAUUGAAAAGAAGGCAGAAUUUCUCUUUCCUUUUCAAAUUAAAGUACUGUUAAGAUUCUUAAUGGUACUAAACUUGCAGUUCUAACUUUGUGGGAUACAAGGGCACAAUGAUUAAUUUUUUUUACCUGGUUGUAUUAUUUAGAGAUUUUGAUCGUUUGCAGGGAGUUUUUCUUUUCUUCCUAGUUUAACUUGGUAAUAUUGGUUUGUUGUAAAGUACAAAAUUCCUUAUAUAUUUGGCGUACACUAAAUCUUCUUCCUGCAA